AUGCAUGCCAAUGUCACCUCUGGUAUCCGACCCUACAAUUUGAACAUGAGUAUCCUGUAUGCUUUACAGAAAAUGAAAGUCGCAGACCUCAAAGUGAAACCAGGUAGCAGUGGAGCCAAUCUUAUCUGCAAUUGCUCACCUCCAGGGUGUUCGGACAGUUUCCUCCGCGGCGAUGAGAGAUACGAGAAGCACGCAACUUCUCGUCUUCUCCCGGGUAGUGAGGAGCUCUGCGUUGAUGGUAAGCUCUUAUUGGUUUGUCAAGAAGAUGCGGGGGACGAGUUUCCAACCAACGUUAAGAUUGUGUCAGCAUAG